UCACGUUGCAAGCAAUCAAACAACGGAAGGAAGACAAAACCCCUCUCCUUGGAAAACAAGCCGAUUCCAAAAUUCAAUUACAUUGAUUUCCACGGAGAAAUUUCACACUCUCUCUCUAGACUCCCCGCUCUUUUGGACUCUCUCUCUCUCUAUUCAUCUCUAGCCUGAAGGCCACUACGAGACUUUUUCCAUAUCCAGUGCCUAACCUUCCUCACAUACUGAAUAUUCAACAUGGUCUCUGUGACAAGUCUUAGCCUCAUAGAACAAGACUUUACUGCAAUCCAAUCAUUCAGUUUAUAGACAGAAUCUGGAAUUUUCUUGAUCUGCAAUUCACUGUACAUCGACUGCUACUUGGUAGGUUACGCUAACCCCUUGUUGGAUCCGAUAUUGUCCGAUCUUGCUUCGAGAAAAGCUAUCGUUUUUGAACCCCAUAUUUGCUUUGUAUGCAAUCGUGUAAAAUUGCUUCUGGGUACUGUAGUAACAGCUCUAGAUCUGCAGCAGUUUUUACUGCUGCUUGGAACGGUUUCUGUGUUGAACACCCAUGUUGUAAAAUUCAUACUGCUUUUACUUUUCUCUUCUAUGAUGCAAUUUAGGACUCUGGGUCUCUUCUAGUUUUGAUAAUUAUCCUAGAUUUUUGAGUCUUGGAAACGUUUUCAAUCCGGAAAGACUUUUUUUCUUAUUGGGUAUUUAUAUGAAACUAAAUACCAGAAGUUGAAUUGUAGUAUACUUUUGAAAUCAAUAUGCAAUUGAGGGGUGGUGUACCAUUAGAGGAAGGCAAGGAACCAGCGGUUAUAAACAGGACAAACCAAUCUAAAGCAUUGCCGUUUAAGGUUCUUCAGUUACUUGUACCGAUUCUGGCUCUCUGCAUUGCCUUCUCGGUCAUUAGUAUAUACACAAUUCGGCACUUUGGUAUUACUAGUGUAGUGACAACGGUGGCAUCCACAUUACCGCCGUGCCAUGAUGAACCAACAAGUUUGGAGGAGUGGAUUAGGCCGCCAUUGAAUUUAAUCCAUGCUAUGACUGAUAAGGAACUUUUGUGGAGGGCCUCUUUUGCGCCUCGGAUAAAAGAGUAUCCCUUUCAGAGAGUUCCCAAGAUUGCAUUUAUGUUCUUGACUAAAGGGCCAUUGCCGCUGGCACCUCUUUGGGAGAAGUUUUUGAAGGGGCAUGAAGGGCUUUAUUCGAUAUAUGUUCAUUCACUGCCAUCAUUCCAGGCCAGCUUCCCACCUUCAUCAGUUUUUUAUAGGAGACAGAUCCCUAGCCAGGUCUCUGAGUGGGGAAGGAUGAGUAUGUGUGAUGCUGAGAGAAGACUCCUUGCUAAUGCGUUGCUCGAUAUCUCCAACGAACGGUUCAUUCUCCUUUCUGAAUCAUGCAUUCCUGUCUAUAAUUUCAGUGUCAUCUACCACUAUUUGAUGAAAUCUAGACAUGGCUUCAUGGGCGUGUUUGAUGAUCCGGGACCAUAUGGGAGAGGCCGCUAUAACGAGAACAUGGCACCCGAGGUAGUUAUUACCCAGUGGCGUAAAGGGUCUCAAUGGUUUGAAGUUAACCGGAACCUUGCCAUGAAUAUUGUGGAAGAUACCGUGUUUUACACAAAAUUCGAACAAUUCUGUCGACCUGCAUGUUACGUGGAUGAGCAUUAUUUCCCCACCAUGUUAACCAUCCAAGCAGGGAAUGUGUUGGCAAAUAGAAGCAUCACUUGGGUGGAUUGGUCGAGGGGUGGAGCACACCCAGCUAGUUUUGGAAGAUCAGACAUCACUGAUGAGUUUUUCAAACGAAUUCUUAAAGGUCAAAACUGCAGUUACAAUGAUAGGUCCUCUUCAAUUUGUUUCCUAUUUGCAAGAAAAUUUGCUCCAAGUUCCUUGGAACCCCUAUUACAAUUAGCACCAACAGUUUUGGGCUUCUGACAAUAAAAAGAAAAAAGGGACAGCAGCAACAAGUUGGAAGGGAGAAAAGUGCGCCAAGACUAGCUCUUUGUGUCAUACAUGUCGAAAUGGUAUCAUUAUUUGUGACAUUAUAUGUGUUUUCUCUUGUAUACGUUGAGUUGUUUUUGGCAAUGCCACAAAUCUAUAACAAUUUUACAUGUACAGAGAGUAGCAUUUAGCAUCAUAUCCACAUUUUUGAAUUGUAAUAUUUUUUAUUUUGUGAGUUUUGAUGAACCCAGCUUUUGCUUCUAGUGUCUCUCUACUUUACACGCUGUAUUAAAUUGGUGCUCA